AUCCACCCCGCAAUUAGCUUUGGAGAAGCUUCAGGAUCUGCUCUUUCAGGUUUCAUCUUUCCACUUUCCACGAAAUUUCUGCGCUCCCACGCCUGCUUUCAGUCCAUGCUUUCGACACCCGUAUAAUCCGAGUGCCUACCGACCCUACCACCUGAAACGAUGGCAGGGGAAUCCGUCCCGUUGACCACGCGAGAAGCCGCAUCAGGCCUUCUCGGCUCGAUCUCGUUAACCUGUUGGAUUUUUCUGCUGGUCCCCCAGUUGAUUGAAAAUUACCGCAACGGCAACGCAGAAGCCAUCUCCCUCCUCUUCCUCUUCGUCUGGUUCGUUGGCGACGUCACAAACCUCGCCGGCAGCACCUGGGCCGGCCUGGUCCCCGUCAUCAUCGCAAUCGCGGUCUACUUUUGUCUCGCAGAUGGCGUUCUCAUCGGCCAAUGUCUCUACUAUCGCGCUCGAAAUGCGCGCGCUGAGGCGUUGCGCGCUCGCAAUUCUUCGUUCGCCACGCCUGAACCCACAACCCCACUGCUAGGACGGAGAUUCAGUGAUUCACUUCCUGAGGGUGGUCGCCGGCGGAGAGGUUCUCGUGCGUCCUAUAAUGCCACCGCUAACGACCAAGGGCAAAGCCCAGAUGAUACGCUUGCCAAACUGGUUGAGGAGAACAGGUUUGGGAAAGGCGCAGUGAUGAAGAAUAUAAACAGCGUACUGGCUAUCUGUGUCAUUGGAAUGGCAGGAUGGACUGUUGCGUGGCAGACUGGCGUGUGGAAGCCUGCCUCGCCCGAUAGUGGAAAUGGAGGCGUCGACAUGGCGCCUGGAGCGCAGGUUUUGGGGUAUAUCAGCGCGGUCUGUUACCUUGGGGCACGGCUUCCCCAGAUUUAUAAGAAUUAUUGUGAUAAGUCCUGCGAAGGACUAUCACUUUUGUUUUUCAUUUUGUCGCUUUUGGGAAACUUGACUUAUGGUGCUGGGAUUCUUUGUCACUCUACCGAGAAGAGCUAUUUCAUUACGAACUUGCCUUGGCUUAUUGGCUCCCUGGGUACAAUGGUUGAGGAUGUUACGAUUUUUGCGCAGUUCCGGAUGUACGCGAUUGAGGAUUCCGACGCAGCAGUUGCUUGAUUUUGCGGUUCCAUGUUUUUGGGCAUGUUUGCUCGUAUAUUCAUUCGGGGCGUGGCGUUCAAAAGAAAAGCGAAUUGGCUUUGCUCAUUCUGGCCUGGCGUUAGCGUUAUAAAAUUUAUUAUCUCUACUUUGCAUGAAUGUACUACAGAAUCAUUUGGGACUACUUGGAGCUACGGUGUAUUUUACGCAUGGAAUCUCAACGAUCCCAAAGACCUAAUGCAGACGGAAACCUUUUGUUCAUGGUCGCAUGACAGACAUCGCAUAAGAGCUGGGCACCUAAGCUCCAAAAGAA